CACCUACCUCCUCCUCCCGCUUCAGGCUGCUGUGAAGCGGGAUCGCUGCCCAGCCAGAACGACGGGACAUUGGACCAGGAAACUCGACACACCCCUGACGCAUUGUUUUUUCGAGGCGAUCGGGAUCGAAACCGCCCUCGCGCGCAUCGCUGACGUGGUUUCCCUGCCAGCGGAGCUGACACACACGCACCCUCGCUCGCUCACACGGUGGUAGCUCAGCUAGCUGCCACGGCUCACAUCGCCAGACGGGAAAUAUCCUUUAAAAAUCAUGUCGUCGACCUCUCCGUCCAAGGAACCUGAAAUGGAACCGGAAGCUCAGUCGGGUGAAGACCAGGAACACAUGGAUAAGGACCAGCAUGAUCCCCAGGCGCAAGGCCAGGGCGAGUUCGAAGUCAAGGAGCAGGACCGAUGGCUGCCGAUUGCAAAUGUGGCCCGGAUCAUGAAAAUGGCAUUACCCGAGAAUGCAAAGAUUGCCAAAGAGGCCAAAGAGUGCAUGCAGGAGUGUGUCAGCGAGUUCAUCUCUUUCAUCACAAGCGAAGCCUCUGAGAAAUGUCAGCAGGAGAAGCGCAAGACGGUCAACGGGGAAGACAUCCUUUUCGCUAUGACAUCUCUCGGGUUCGAGAACUACGCUGAGGCUUUGAAGAUCUACCUCUCCAAAUAUCGUGAGACUCAAUCUGCCCGCGGGGACAACCAGAACCGACCGACCAGCAGCGGCUACGCCUCCGGAGGCCCCGUGGGAGGCCCCUCUGCUGCCGGACGCGCAGGACCAUCUGCUGCUGGCUACCCUGACGCGGCGGACAACAAUAACAUCCUAAACCCCGCCCUGGAUCCCUCCGAACAGGACCCCUCGGCCUAUGGCUACCCGCCCAUGGUUGGCCAGGGUCACAAUGGAGCCGGCGGAGAGUCAUACUAGACAUGUUUUCCUUUCUUUUCCCUUUCUUUUUGCUUUCUUUCCCCCCUCCGGUGCGGUGGCGGCACGAGUGAAUUGAUGGCCAGCGACAGUACCCUUAUUUCACGACAGGACAGGACAGGAUU